CUCAAGUCCCUGUCUCUUCUCUCUCUCAGUCUCCUCCCGCCUCCACCUCAAAUAAAUCCGGCCUGCGCCUGCGCUUCUUCCGUUCUUCGUCUCGAAACCUCAUCACCACACCCUUCAAACUAAUCGGCCAUCUGCCCUCCCUCUGUUCACUCGCUUCCUUCAACGUUCUCAUCGACUUCGCCCUACCUGUCUUCAAAGCCAACUUCACACAACAUGUCGAAUCAAGGAUACUACCAGCAAGGUCCGCCUCAGGGCUACUAUCCUCCCCAACAGCCUCAGCAAGCCUACGGACAAGGAUACGGCUACCCCCAGCAGCAACCACCCAUGCAAUACCAACAAGGCCCUCCUCAGCAAGUCAUUGUCCGUGAAAAGAAGGAUCGAGGAUGUCUGGGCGCAUGUCUUGCCGCGCUUUGCUGCUGCUUCGUCUGCGAAGAGGGAUGUGAAUGCUGCGCCGACUGCUGCGAAUGCUUUGCCGAAUGCUGUUAAAAGGGGAUUAAUUCAACAUGGGAAUGCACUGCCCAAAAGGGGAAGGGGAAGGCAAUGAAGGAACGGUAAAGACUGGGGGGCUUGUACCGGUCCAACCGUUCUCAUGUGACGAAAGGACUCAUACUCGAUCCACUGUUCAUCACUGGCAGUGCAGAACAGCAAAGCGAUAAUGGCUCGGCGACGAAAGAUAUAGCAUGACACAUAACCGGCUGUCUGGUUUGCGGCGAAGAGAGAAGUGGUGAAGAGCUUUCCAGUUUUGCUUUCGGCCUUGGUGCGAAGAUCGAAAUGAUGGCGCCGUGUCCAAGGGUAGCGUUUAUUGAAAUUCAAAGUCCUGAUGUUUCUGCUGCUCGCAUGAACUUCUUCUUUCCAAACUACAGGCUGUGUUACUCAUGCACCAAUUCUAC